CCGUUCCGCUUACCGGUAUGAGCGAGUUCUACACAUGAGGCUGCGAAGCUCCAAUUCAAACGGAGGCGUAUAUUUCACAUCUAAUCGGAUCGUCGUCCACAGCUUUUGACGUUAAAAACCGCUGGCGUCUAAACGACAGGCCGUCAUUUGGGCAGGAGGUCCGUGUUCCACACUCUGCUUUACUUCAGUUGAUUAUCGCGAGCGCCGUGGUUGACGACGCGGUCGGUGCGCGCGCGGUAUUCAUCGUUAGCUGCGCGGCAAGAAAGACCCGUUCUCCUCGGGACCGACGACUGGAACGUGCGGAGGUUCACCUGCUCAUCUGCAGUCCCACUUCCACGAUGGCAGUCUAUAUCAGUCUGAUGUCUCAGCACCAGAGGAACAGCACACCAUCUAGCUUAAUCACAGGAUAGCGAUAAGUACACGCGCCACCUUUAGUUUGCUGCUCAGCGCCAGUAAAACGCAUUAGAAGUUAAAGGAGCCUUGUUUUAAAAACGGUUCUAAAGAAGUCCGUUAUUUAUUUGACCGUUUACCUCUUUAUUUUAUAAGCGGAUUAGAAACCGCCGUACUCAAUUGUUUUUACCGUUAAGAUUGUGAAUCGAUUUCUUUUUAGCCUGUAAUCAUGGUUUCAACUACUGCCACCGCGAUAAUACUGGCCAGCACGGUGGGGCUGGUGACCCACACCGCCCUGACGGAGUACACGUGGUUGCUUGUUGUCGGCUUCGUCAUCGCCUUCAUCUUAGCCUUUUCCGUGGGUGCCAAUGACGUCGCCAACUCCUUUGGCACGGCCGUCGGCUCUGGAGUGGUCACCCUGCGACAGGCGUGCAUUCUGGCCACCGUGUUCGAGACUCUGGGCUCCGUGCUCCUUGGGGCCAAAGUGAGUGAGACCAUCCGCAAUGGUAUCAUCGACGUCGGCAUGUACAAUGGCUCCGAGCACGUGUUGAUGGCUGGAUCUAUCAGUGCCAUGUUUGGUUCUGCUGUGUGGCAGCUGGCCGCCUCUUUCCUUAAGCUCCCCAUCUCUGGAACUCACUGCAUUGUUGGUGCUACUAUUGGCUUCUCGCUCGUGGCCAGAGGCCAGCAGGGAGUGAAGUGGUGGGAACUACUGCGAAUCGUUAUUUCCUGGUUCCUGAGUCCCCUUUUGUCAGGAAUAAUGUCUGGCAUUGUUUUCUACUUUGUGCGCAUGUUCAUCUUACGCAAGAAAGACCCUGUACCGAAUGGCCUGAGGGCGCUGCCGGCGUUCUACGCUUUGACUUUAGGAAUCAACGUGUUCUCCAUCAUCUUCGGUGGCUCAUCGAUGCUUGGAUUCGACAAGAUCCCUUGGUGGGGCACCCUGCUCAUCUCAUUGGGCUUCGCUGUGCUGACGGCCCUCGUGGUCUGGUUCAUUGUCUGCCCUCGCCUCAAGAAAAAGAUUGAAAAAGACAUCAAGGCUUCCAGCCCGUCAGAGAGCCCCCUGAUGGAGAAGAGGGAGCUGAGGGAGGCCCAAUGUCCAAUCCUGAAACAGACGGUCAGUGAGACGUCCACGCCCACCACCCCGGCCGCCAAUCAAAGCCCCUGUGUGCAGCCCGAGGCGGCCCCGGAGGAGCGCAGGGUGGCCUUCGGCAUUGGAGAUGGUGACGAUGUUGAGAAUAACAGGGAGCGCAGGGUGGCGUUUGACAUUGGAGAUUCCGACGAUGCGGACGACAGCGGUACGAAUGGUGCCCCUAAGCAGGUUCAGUCAAACAACCAGCAAGUCCAACUCAGCAAUGGCUCCACCGAGUCUGCCAAUCAGGUCCAGUUCAACAACAGGCCGGCGCAGAUUCCAAGUAACGGCUACAGCCAGUACCACACAGUCCACAAGGACUCCGGCCUCUACAAGGACCUGCUGCACAAGCUCCACCUGGCCAAGGUCGGCGACUGCAUGGGAGAGGGGGGCGACCGGCCUAUCCGACGCAACAACAGCUACACCUCCUACACCAUGGCCAUCAUUGGCAUGCGCGGAGACUUCAAGCACAAAGAAGGGGAGUACCGCGCGUACGAGGAAGCUGACAAGGUCACGGGAUCCGGGGGUCAGGAGAGGAAGCGCGUGCGCAUGGACAGUUACACGAGCUACUGCAACGCCGUGGCAGAGCACACGACUCCCGACGCUCUGGGAGAGCCCGACGUGACCCUGGAAAUGGCGCAGGAGGGCGCAGGAAGCAGCCACAGCUCUCUGGACAACAACGGGCACGAUGCGGACCGGCCGGAAGUGUCCACCCUCUUCCAGUUCCUCCAAAUCCUCACGGCCUGCUUCGGAUCCUUCGCCCAUGGAGGAAAUGAUGUCAGUAACGCCAUUGGCCCGCUGGUAGCUCUGUGGCUGGUGUACACGACCAGCAGUGUGUACUCAAAGGAACCCACACCCAUUUGGCUGCUGCUGUACGGUGGCGUGGGCAUCUGCGCCGGGCUCUGGGUUUGGGGUCGCCGAGUGAUCCAGACUAUGGGCAAGGACCUGACUCCCAUCACUCCCUCAAGUGGUUUCAGCAUCGAACUGGCCUCAGCCUUAACUGUGGUGGUAGCCUCUAACAUUGGCCUGCCCGUCUCCACCACCCACUGCAAGGUGGGCUCUGUGGUCGCAGUGGGAUGGUUGCGCUCAAAGAAAGCGGUAGACUGGCGUCUCUUCAGAAACAUCUUCAUGGCGUGGUUCGUGACGGUGCCCAUCUCCGGUUUGAUUAGCGCCGCCAUCAUGGCCUUCAUGGCCAUCUUCAUCACUGGCAUCCUUUGAGCAGUCUGCUGCACCCCGAGCAGGGGAGGAGAACGAAACCGCUUCAGUGCGCACCAGAAGAGAGUGGAAGGCCAAACUAUCGCUUACCUCAAGUAAACAACGUUGUAUGAAAAAGGAGAGGAAAAAUAAUAGAAAUGUUUGGAAAGGGCCUGUGGUUCUUGGCUGCAUCAUUUUCAACCUAGAAUUUGCUGUUUGUUCCAUUUGGGUCACAUUAUUUCUAGGAGGGAGCUUGCAUUUCCUUGUUCUGACUUGCUUUUUCAUAUGUCAUCAUUCUGUAAUGACUUAUUCGUAAAAGCGUUGAGUGAUUUUUCUUUUUUUUUUGUUUAAUUUUUUUACUUUGCAAUUCUGUAAAUAAGACCAUGUUCUGUUUAUUUUAUUUUCCACAUUAGAAAGAAGUGAACAAUUUAAGCUGCAGUACAGGCCUUUUGCAGAUAUAACUUGAGUCCUAGCACAUUCUGCAAGUAACGUAGAUGCAAAAGCAGUAUUUUAGGUGAAAAACAAGUUUCUGUAUGUGCGUGUUUUUUAUUUUUAUUUUAUUUUUAUUUUUUUCUUCCCUUCCCCCUCUUAAGUAAUUGUUAAUGAAUUCAUGGGUUAAAUCGGGCUUGUAUUCCCCAACUGGUAUAUUGGCUGUUGUCCCGAAUUCAGAACUGUUUCUGAAGGUGGAUUCUAACAUACUUGAAAAUCAUGCGCACACCGGUCUGCAGUGUGUUCUUUUUGAUAUAAUUGUGUAGUUGCAGAAGCUCCAAUUGCGCACACUGGCUGACCCGGUGCAGAAUGACAUCCGAAGGACUAUCGAUAGCAUAAAACACUGACAGGAAAUAACGACACCAAAUCCCUUGAAGUCCUGGAUGACCUACAAUCCAUUUUUUCUUUUAAUCAGAAUGUCCCAACAGAAUUACUUGAAAUGAUUAGUAACUUACUUUACUUUGAGAAAUUAAACCCCAGAAUGUUAACGAAUGGAAACACGUUCUCUCAAGCAAGUCUCCUGUUGAAACUUGAUUGCAUCAUCUGUGAUGGUUGAAUGCUUAAUUAAUUGCCUCCUUCAGCGUUGCGUUUCCCCCCCAGUUCAGUUCAUUUAUUGGAGACUUUCCGGUUUGUUUGUUUUCUGUGAAAUUCGGUUUGUUCGAACGAUCCUCUUUGAGUGACUGGAUACGGUUGUGAAAGAACAGGUUCUCCAUGCGAGUGGUUUGGUGAUUGGCUGAACUGGUCUGUAGUUUGGAGGCCGGACAAACGUUGCAUGUCACCAGGUCGUGGUCCUUUGGCUGCAGUACUAAAUGCAUAUCAGAUCUAUAGCUGCUGUAGUUGCCUUAAUUGUUUUUAAUUUUCCCAUAGGUACCAAAGAACUUUUGUUUUUCUAAUUGCACAUCAAAAAUACUUGUCCACAAUUGUGGAAGGAAAAAAACAAAUAAAAAUGGAAAAAUAA